AUGGGAUCCCAAGCUCAACUCGACGUCGCCGACGUCAAAAUCCUCGGCUUUACAGUUACAGAUCUCCGUUUCCCAACGAGUCUCGAUGGUGUUGGCUCAGAUGCCAUGCACGUCGGCACCAACGGCUCUCACCCAUACGUGCGCCUUGAGACCAACCAGCCCGGUCUCGUCGGCGAGGGAAUUGCAUUCAGCAAUGGCCGCGGUAGCGAAAUCGUCUGUAUGACCCUCAAUGUCUUUGCGCAGCGCGUCGUCGGACGCACCCUCCAUGAGCUCGUUCGCAACAUGGGUAAGACCUGGCGUUACAUGGUCUCAGACUCACAGUACCGCUGGAUCGGUCCUGAGAAGUCCGUCACCCACCUCGCCGUCGCUGGUGUCCUCAAUGCCGUCUGGGAUCUAUGGGGAAAGGUGCUUAGCAAGCCAGUGUGGCGUAUUGUCGCUGAUAUGACCCCGGAGGAGAUUGUCGGCUGUAUCGAUUUCAGAUAUAUCACGGAUGUGAUCACACCAGAGGAGAGCAUAGAGAUGCUGAAGAAGACCCAGGCUCGGAAGCAGGAGAGACUAGAGGAGGCGUUGGCGGAUAAAGCUGUGCCGGCUUAUACUACAUCACCGGGCUGGUUGGCGUUUUCAGGAGACCGCAUGAAGGAGGUUUUGCACGAGACGAUUGCACAGGGAUACACAGUGUUCAAGUUUAAGGUCGGCACGAGCAUCGAGACGGAUCGCGCUCGUUUGUCGGCUGUGCGUGACAUUUUGGGGUAUGAUAACGAGUACCAGAUUAUGAUUGAUGCGAACCAAGUAUGGAGUGUACCAGAAGCGAUCGAGUAUAUGAAGCACUUGGUUGAGUUCAAGCCUGUAUUUAUCGAGGAACCCACAAACCCAGAUGAUGUCCUAGGACACGCAACAAUCCGCAAGGCGCUCAAGCCAUAUGGCGUCGGUGUCGCAACCGGCGAGGCGGCACAAAACCGCGUCACAUUCAAGCAGCUCCUUCAAGCUGAAGCCACUGAUGUCUGCCAAAUUGACGCUGUCCGCCUUGGUGGCGUGAACGAGUGUUUGGCGGUCAUGCUCAUGGCUCUCAAAUACGACGUUCCCUGCGUACCACACAACGGCGCCAUGGGUCUCACAGAGUUGACUUCCCAUCUCAGCACCAUCGACUACAUCGCCAUCAGCGGCCGCAGGUCCAUGUUGGAGAACGCAGACAGCCACCGUGAGAACCUCCGCCACCCAUCGAAGAUCGUCAACGCACACUACGUGACACCUUUGGCACCUGGAUACUCCACGGGAUACACGGAUGAGGCAUUGGAGAAGUACACAUACCCAACCGGAUCUUUCUGGAGUUCCGAGAUCGGCCUGCAGAUUAUGGCUGCGCCGACUGGCGGAGAAUUAUAG